CAGUUUAUACUGUAUGUUGUGCCUGAUAAAAAUUCUCCUUUUUUUGCAGCAGUUUCAGUUAUGGAAAGUAAAGGAGCUUUGGUCAGACCUGUGGUUUCCUUCUCACCAAACUGGGCCACAAUAGCUAAGAAUGACUCUAUAACUCUCAUAUGUAACGUGAGUUCUACUUCUCUACUAAACCAGAGAUAUUCCUGGUACAAGGACAAUGAGAGGAUAAAGGGAGAGGAGUGGAGCUUUAGAAUUGAGAAUGCAGAAGAGAAGAACAGAGGGAAUUACCAGUGUCAGACUGGAACCAGUGAGAGAAGUGACCCGGUGACACUGAACGUUACAAAUUAUCGUGUGAUUCUGCAGGCGCCCCCAAGUGUUGAUGAAGGGGACCAACUGACUCUGAGAUGUUACACUCCUAAUUAUAAAGCAAAAUAUACAACAUUCUAUAAAGAUAAUGUAAACAUAUCAUCCUCCCCUACUGAUACAGUCACAUUGGAUGCAAGUGUGGGAAUGACUGGUACAUACAAAUGUAUAACACUCCUGCAGCUUUAUCCCGAUCAUUACCAUCCUUAUAUAUCUGCUGAUAUAGUCAUAACCAUCCAAGAGCGUUUUUCCAUCCCAGAGAUCAGAGCAAAUAAUAAUUCAUUACAGGAGGGAGAUCUACUGAAUAUAUCCUGCCAUACAGUCCUUAAUCCAGCCAGAGCCAAUACAGAGCUACAGUUUGCUUUCUACAGAAAUGGGCACAAUGUGCAGGGAUUUCAUUCAUCCAAUCAUUACACCAUCCAAUCAGCUCGGCCUCAGGACUCUGGGAAUUACUCCUGUCAUACAGCAGCUCCAUCAGUCAAUGUAACGAAGGGGAGCAAACAGCUAACCAUCUACAUAGAGGGUGAAUAUGAAGUGCCAGGUAGAUAUAUAUCCUACAUGGUUGGUGGGAGCCUCGUGGCACUACUGAUCCUCACAGUCGCUAUUAUAUUCAUGUGCAGGAGAAAAGCAUCGCACUGUAACCGACAGUCACACAGGACAGACUCAGAAACCUCUUUUACUUGUUGUGGGAUUGAAAAUCAAGGCCACGGCCCAAACUCUGCAAGAGAUGUUGGAAAAUUUGACUCCUGCAACUUUUCCACCAGAGGCCUCCAUGAUGAUGAAGACAUUUCUUAUGCUGCACUUGCCUUCAAAGGUCAAACGAAAGUUUCCACCAGAAGCCUCCAUGAUGAAGACAUUUCUUAUGCUGCCCUUGCCUUUAAAGGUCAAAAUAAAGUUUCCACUAGAGGCCUCCAUGACGAAGAAGACAUUUCUUAUACGGCACUUGCCUUUAAAGGUCGAAAGAAAGAUAUGAAAUCCCCAGCCAGCAAUGUUGACACAUACGCACAACUGAAGAAUCAAGCACGUAGAUAGAUGUCCUGUCUGUAGAACGAGACAUUACUGGAUCUUCCAGCAGGGUUUCCGAAACCUCAUCAGAAAGACAUACACAUAUUCAUGGUUUUCUUUAUUGCUGUUAAAAUAACUUCUUUUUACAGGUACCGUUAUCUGGAAACCCAUUAUCCAGAAUGUUCAGAAUUCCAAGAAGGCCGUCUGCCAUAG